CGCACGCGCGGUCCGAAACCCAGACGCGCGGGUACAGCCCCGGAGAGGGCACGCCCCCGCGGAGCCGGGGCGCAGGCCUCGGCCGCAGCCACGCCCCCCGCGCCCACUCCUGCUGCGGCUCAAGGCGACCCCCGCGCAGCCCCCAGUCCAGGAGCCGGCGGGAGGCACCUCUCGCUACCCGGGGCUUCCCGGGACACCGGGCCGGGGCCCUGGGACGGGAGGAGGAAGACGUAGGGGCGUCGGGGAAGGGAAUGGGGCUGGGGACAGCGGGCGGAUCCUGGCACCCAAGGACCGAGCAGGAGGACGCGCGGGCGUCAGGGCAGGGCUGGCUGCGGUCUGAAGCCUCAGGGGCGGGGCGCGGCCCGCGGGGAUCGUGGAGGGCGUGGGAAGGCUGCCUGGGGCACCGCAAGGUGAGGAGAAGCAGGCAGUGCUGAUCCGGAGCGCAACACAGCCGGGGUCAGCCCGGGUCAGCCGGGUGGGGGCGGUAGUACUGGGUGGGUACCUUGGCCGAGGGCAGACGGACGGGAGAGGGGAAAGCCGGCAUCGGAGGGGCAUCCGAAGAGGGGAGCUAAUUGGGAGAGGGCGUGGGGGCAAGGGCCGAGUCAGGGGCAGCAGGUGGGAGCCAGCCCGGGACUAGACUCCCCGUGGGCCACUCAACGAUGCCCGAGGACCAGGGGGCGCCUGCCUCUCCCCUGGAGGCGCGGAGCUCCCCGGACAGAAGUUCGCCGGCGCCCGCAGCCAGCCCGCAGCCCCAGAUUCUGGCCCCGGGGUCCCCUGUCCCCCGGCGGGGCGCCGUCCGCGCCAGCGUCCCGCAGAAGCUGGCCGAGGCGCUGAGCAGCCAGUACGGGCUGAACGUGUUCGUGGCGGGGCUGCUGCUCCUGCUGGCCUGGGCCGUGCACGCCUCGGGCGUGGGCAAGAGCGACCUGCUGUGCGUGCUGACCGCGCUCAUGCUGCUGCAGCUGCUCUGGAUGCUGUGGUACGUGGGCCGCAGCGCCGCGCACCGCCGCCUCACCCGGCCCAAGGACACGCACGCCGGCGCGCGCUGGCUCCGCGGCAGCAUCGCGCUGUUUGCUUUCAUCACCGUCAUCCUGGGAGGCCUGAAGGUCGGCUACUUCAUUGGAUUUUCCGCGUGCCUCUCGGUCACCGAAGGAGUGUUCCCGGUCACACACACGGUCCACACGCUGGUGCAGGUGUAUUUCCUGUGGGUGCACGCAAAGGACAUCAUCCAGUCCUUCAAAACCCUGGAAAGGUUUGGAGUCAUCCACUCGGUGUUCACCAACCUGCUUCUGUGGGCCAACAGUGUCCUCAAUGAGUCAAAGCACCAGCUGAACGAGCACAAGGAGCGGCUCAUCACCCUGGGCUUUGGGAACAUCACGAUAGUGCUGGACGACCACACGCCUCCGUGCAACUGCAGCCCCCCCGCCCUCUGCGCAGCCAUCUCCCACGGCGUCUACUACCUCUACCCCUUCAACAUCGAGUACCAGAUCCUGGCUUCCACGAUGCUCUACGUCCUGUGGAAGAACAUCGGGCGCAGAGUGGACGGUCGUCGGCACCCGAAGAUACGGUUCAAGUUUCGCGGGCUCACGGCGGGCUCAGCCCUGGGCCUGGCCGCCCUGGCCGCCACGAUCGGGGUGGUGGCAGUGUACCUCAUCCAGAUCGGGCGCUCCAGAACCAAGAGCGAGUCGGCGCUCACCAUGUUCUACCUGUGCGCCACCACCCUGCUGGCGCUCAUGGGGGCCGCGGGCCUGGUCGGGAUCCGGAUCUACCGGCUCAGCGAGCAGUCGCUGGAUGAGUCCAAGAACCCGGCCCGCAGGCUGGACGCGGACCUCUUGGUGGCCACCGCCUCGGGCUCCUGGCUGCUCUCCUGGGGCUCCCUCCUGGCCAUGCUCUGCGCCAAGGCCCGCCCUGCCUACACCUGGUACAACCUGCCCUACUCCGUCCUGGUCAUCGUCGAGAAAUACAUCCAGAACCUUUUCAUCAUCGAGUCCACCUACCGAGAGCCUGGGGAGCUCUCCGACGACAUCAGGACCCUGCGGGUGGUCACCGUCUGCAACGGCAGCGACGCACCCCUGGCUUCUUCCGGCCUCAAGGGCGGAGCUGCAGCUGGGAAGGAUGUGGCUCCCCGGGACGGCCGGAUGCCACCUGCAGCCGAUGGAAGUAUGUGCCUGAGAGAAGGCAGUGGCGAAGGGGACGCGGGGCCGAGCUGGGAAGGGGCCCGGGGCCCGGCCGGCCGGCAGCAUUUCCUGCAGGGUAACGUCAAGAGGAGCAUCUUGAGGAAUGUCGCAGCCUUCUUGUUCCUCUGCAACAUUUCGCUGUGGAUCCCGCCCGCCUUCGGCUGCCGCCCCGAGUACGACAACGGACUGGAGGAAACCGUCUUUGGCUUUGAACCCUGGAUCAUUGUGGUCAACCUGGCCAUGCCCUUCUCUAUUUUCUACCGCAUGCACGCAGCUGCCUCCCUCUUUGAGGUCUAUUGUAAGAUAUAGUCCCGUCCACGCCCGAGGCCGGGAGUGAGCUGACGAGAGGACUCCCGGGGGCCGCCUGGGGACGAGUGGCCGGGCUGGGCAAACACGGUCUC